AUGCAUCCUGCAAGCUCUACAUCGUCAAGGCGCUGUUUGCUGCCAGCUCACCUACAAGAAAUUCACUCACACCCUUUGCAUGCUGCUCACAAUGCGCAGAUUCCUGUGGGAAACCAGCCCAGGGGUAACAAACUACCACAGAUUGUUCCGGAUUUUUUUUCAGCAGCAACAUUUGCAGUGGCAUCUUUGAGUGACAUCCCUUGCAGUCUAUUGAGCAAGCUUUCAAAAGAUGUUGCCGCCUUCACUUUGGAGGGCGCUCCAGUUACCAUUCCUUGCCACUCUCGUUUUCUGCGCUCAUUCCCCCUCUCGACUCUUUCCAAGGGGGGUACUUCCGAGGAUCUUGAGGGGGCCAAGAAGAGAAAAUUUUCAGAAGAAGGUGUGGGAGUCGUUUUUGGACUUCCCUGGGACUGCGAAUCUUUUAUACAACAUGCGUGCAAUUCUGGACAUCCUAUGGCCAAUGCACUGGCCCUGUCGGACGACCUGGAGAUUGCAAUGGCUAAACAACUGGAAUUCGCUGAAGAGCAAACGGCGAACUACAGGAUGUCCUGGUGCAGGAAAUGGCUCAAAAGAGCUGCUCAACUGGCAGAGCAAGAAACAGCUGAUCGUUUGAAGCGACCGGAACAUGUCAGACAAAAUACAGAAGCCAAACGCUUGCUACUCACUGAAGAGAUCUUGCAAGACAUUUCUUAUGAAAAUAUGGGUGUGUUGGACAUUCUUCGGCACGGGUCGACUUUGGUCGGGGAUGUUCACAAGUGUUCGCUGUUCAAAGCACAGUACAAACCUUGCAUGGCCACAGUUGAACAGUUGGUUGCAGGAUCGGCCAGGAGGAAUCAGGCAAUAGUGAAGAUGGCUACAUCGUGUGGCGAGUUAGAACUGGACCAGAAGCUCCUAGAGGAGACACGUCUUGAGCUGAGCAAAGGUUGGGCAGAAGGUCCAUUCGAGCUCUCCCAAUUGGAACAGGGUUCAGUGAUUUCAAGAAGGUUUCCACUUCGUCAAGGUUCCAAGAUCCGUAUGAUCGAUGACUACUCUGUCAGUGGGGUCAACGAGUGCACCUCCACCCAUCACAAAAUCGAUCUGCGCAUGGUCGACACCUUUGCAGCUCUCAUGAAAGAACUUUUUCGGCGCUGCGAGCACUUUGGAUCUCAUUCGGAGUUCCUUGCAAAGACCUACGACCUGAAGAGCGCCUACCGUCAAGUUCCGAUCCGAGGUGAGCAUUUGAAGUUUGCUUACUUCUGCAUAUACAACCAUGAGCUUGAUAAAUCGGAGAUCUACAGAAUGAAGACUUUGCCUUUUGGUGCAACACACAGCGUUUACAACUUCCUCCGAUUGGCUCCUUCCCUACAUAGCAUUGCGUGUAGAGGUCUUUUUCUGCUUAAUACUAAUUUCUACGACGACUUCAUUUUGGUUUGA